UAGGCCAUAGAUUUCUUCUCUUUUUCAUUCUGUAAAGAUUCUCUUGUUAUUCUAGCCAUCCACUUUCAUUCUAUAUAACAAAACAAGCACACUGAUCUUUCAUUCCAUCAAUCGCUCAUACACCAUGAUCAAAUUCAAAAUCACUUGUCUUCUGAUUCUUCUUUUCCCAGCUACAGUUUCUAGUGAGUGUACAUGUAAUAUUUUGGAAGAAUCACAUCAAGGAAAUAGAGGAGCACUCAACUACAAGCUUGCUUCAAUAGCUUCAGUUCUUGUUUGUGGUGCAAUUGGAGUUAGUCUCCCAUUGUUGGGAAGAAGCAAAAUCCCAACUUUAAGGCCUGAAAAUGACAUAUUCUUCAUGAUCAAGGCAUUUGCUGCAGGUGUUAUUCUAUCAACUGCCUUUAUUCACAUACUGCCUCAGGCAUUUGAUGCCCUAAAUUCUCCUUGCCUUGAGCAAAAUGCUUGGAGGAAUUUUCCCUUCACUGGACUUUUUGCUAUGGUGUCUGCAAUUGGGACUUUGAUGUUGGAUUCAUUUGCUACUGGGUUUUAUAAGAGGCUUCACUUCAAGAAUAAUAAACAUGUAAAUGUAGAUGAAGAGAAGAGUGGUGAAGAUGAGCUUUCUGGUGAAGAUGACCAUUCUGGUCAUAUUCAUGCUACUCAUGGUCAUGCCAAUGGUUUUGCUUCCCCAACUCAAGAUCUGGGGCUCCCUGAUUUGAUCCGACGACGGAUUAUAUCACAAGUACUGGAGCUAGGGAUAUUAGUUCACUCAGUGAUAAUUGGAAUCUCUUUGGGAGCUUCCCAAAGUACUGAAACUAUAAAGCCUCUCUUAGUGGCUUUAUCUUUCCAUCAGUUCUUUGAGGGCAUGGGACUUGGUGGUUCUAUUUCUGAGGCAAAAUUCAAAUUCAAAUCUACAGCAAUUAUGGCAACAUUUUUCUGUCUCACAACUCCAACAGGGAUUGGAAUUGGAAUUGGCAUAUCAAGUGUUUACAAAGAGAAUACUCCCACAGCACUAAUUGUUGAAGGAAUAUUGAACUCAGCCUCAGCUGGGAUUUUGAUUUAUAUGGCACUUGUUGAUAUUCUAGCUGCUGAUUUCAUGAACCCAAGAGUGCUAACCAAUUUCAGAAUUCAAUUUGGAGCUGAUGUUUCUCUUCUCUUAGGAGCUGGUUGCAUGUCUCUGCUGGCCAUAUGGGCUUGAACAAUUUUAUUUAUUUUCACAUAAUUACCAUAAUAUUUCUUCAGAUCACAUAAACAAGACAGCUCAGUUUGUUUUUUUUUUCUUUUUUUCUUUCUAAAUAGAUUAUUUAAUAGAAAAAU